AUGUUAUCGACGACCUCGACGGCCCCGACGGGCGUACGGUUAACCAGCUAUCGGUCCUUUUGCAGUUCGACGCACUCCCGUGCAUCAAAGAGCCGUCACGCGUACAACGUUCGACCGCCACGUCAGGACGCCUCCGCUCUUCUUGUUCGUUAUGAAUCACCGGAGGCUCACCCCAAUGAAACCUUCGAACAAAUCGGUGUCCCUAGGCACAUAUCCAUCGCGUUACGGAAAGCAUUUCCUUCUGUGACACAUCCUACCCAGACACAGAGGGAACUUAUUCCUGCUAUCUUAAAGGGCAACGAUGUGUUCUUGAAGGAUCACACAGGAACGGGCAAGUCGUUUGGGAUGCUGUUAGCACUCUUGAGCCAACGAAGGAAAGCUCCGAGGGACAACCAUGGUUUUCCCAUUACAUCGCUGGUCGUUGUUCCUCACCGAGACUUGGCGUACCAACUUCUGGACUGGAUGGAACGGAUUCACGCGCAUUUGCCUGAGAAGGACCUUGCAUUCCUUGUCCAGGUGCUCGUGCGGAACUCUGCCAUCAGUUUGGGUGACCAGAUAUCCAGACUUCGUCAAUUGCCUCCGCAUAUACUCAUCGGUACACCCAACGCGCUGGUUGAUGUGUUACAGGAAGACUCGUCAGCUCUGAAGUUACCCACUCUAUCGACGGUUGUGGUGGACGAAAUUGAUUACCUGGUGGAGAGUCCGCCACUGCAUGAAGACAAGUACAAGGCUCUGAAAAUUCAUAGACGAAUACAAAAACACCCGGGUCCAACGCGACAAAUUCUGGAUCAAAUCUACGAGCGGCCCAAAGAGACCGGACCAAAACAUGGGUGGCAACCGCCGAUAGAGGAAAGUAAACAAAUCAUGACUUACGGCAUGAACCGCCCGCAAUUAGUUAUGUCGAGUGCGACAUUCAGAGCACACUCGGCUUUCCUGGAAACUGCCGCUGCGUGGCUGGUAGGCCGACGAGACCGAGUGGUCAGAGUGACGGGUUCGCCGGAUAUAACGAGCGAAACGAUGAAGCAUGAAGCCGCACAAACUCUGGGAGGGAAGUCUGUCCGACACUAUGUUCUGAUAGUCUCACCAGAAGGAGACAUAGCCAAUAUUGAAGGAGCCGAAGAACCGUGUGCACUCGCGGAGGCACCAAACUUGGAAGUGAAUCCACGGUCUGACAUUGACAUCGAUGGUUCCACAGCAUCACAUUCGCCGCCGGAUAGUGGUUUAAUCAUGUCAGAAUCCUUGGAGAUAGAGCCCAUUAAUGAAUUUGAAGAUAUGCCUCUUCCAUUCAACCAUAACUUACUGGAAGCAAUUGCUGAAGCAUUUGCACUGGACGUACCUCGUGUCGCUCUUCUGGUGUUACCUUCUUCAGCACCACUCAAGAGGGUCGUGAACGAAUUGCGGAGGUUCGGCGUGGACGCGCGUGGAUUGGACGUCGCUGGCAGCGAAACCGGAGGUGCUUACUUGAUGGACGGAAGUGCGGCUGGCGCCGCAGAAAACCCUACCUUGCUUGUAUGCACCUUCGCGUCGACGCGCGGAUUGGACCUGCCUACUUUAAGCCAUGUCUUCAUCUUGGGUGCACCAGAAGAUAUUUCUGUGGAAUCGUACGCGGAUUUGUACCUACAUGCAGCAGGACGGGUGGGCCGGUUCGGACGUAGCGGGAAGGUGAUCAAUGUUGUGGAGGCGCGGUACUGGGACAGGAAGGAAAGGAAGUGGAAGGAUCAGCCAGAGAGAAUUCGCAGGGUGUUCAAACGGAUAGGUAUCAAGGCAACGAAAUACUCGCAUUUUGAUUGA